AUGAUAUCUUCACGAAUUAGCAACAGAUUUCCCUUGCUCCUAAGGAGCUCGCUGGCCACUCACAAAACUGCCUAUCGUUUUAAUUCAACCAUUCCUAAACCAAGCGAUCAGAUACCUGACGUCGAUGCAUUUCUAACCAAGAUCGGUCGAAAUUGUAACGAAUUGAAGGAUACGUUCGAAAAUAAAUGGGACAAUCUUUUCCAAUGGGACUCUAAGACACUGAAGGAAAAAGGCGUGAAUAUUCAACAAAGAAAGUAUAUACUGAACCAAGUCCAGAACUACCGUAACAAUAGGCCAAUUCACGAAAUUAAACUGGGCAAGAAGUCAUUCUUUGGUGGUGAGAGGAAGAGAAAGGCAUUUACUGCUAAAUGGAAAGCUGAAAAUAAACAAUAG